AUGUCUGCUGCUAGGUCUUUGGUGCCUCUGAUGGUGGUGCUGGUGGCUGCAGUGGGUGAGGCCCGAGCACAGGACAGGAUUAAGAUGUGUGGGAGAGAUCUGAUACGUCUGGCCGUGACGUCCUGUGGCAACUCUCGGGUGAGGAGAAGCAUCCUGGACGCAGACCUGGCCCAGCGGCAAUACGCCUCAAACUGGGGCCAGGAUGCCUUCGCAGAGGAGCACCAGGCUACGGAGGCAGGCCCCAUCCCUCCAGAAUCCGACGGGGAGAAGGGUGUCUUCUCCUUGGCUCCUCACUGGUACACCCUGCCCUCUCGGAUUAGACGAGCUGCCGGAACGAUGUCUGAUAUUUGCUGCGAGAAGGGAUGCAGCAUGAAAGAGUUGAUCCAGUUUUGCUAGAUGUAGCGCCCUACUUGUCAUACAAUAAAUGACUGUCUUAAAAUGUUCUGAUCUGUGCUGCAACGUUGUUUAAAGGAACCUUUGUUGCUUAUUUUAUUUUAUAUUGUAUUUACCAAAACAAUAUACAUCAGUAGAAACAUGAUCAUAUUUAAUACAUUAUUUACUGUGCCAUACUGCAGGCUAAAAUCACAAUGUUUGUUUAU